AUGGCAGACCAUCAAAGCGACAGUCGGCGGACGUCAUCGGAUCAUCACCAAGUCCAGCGCCAGGAUUUGGACGAUACUACAUCUCUCUUUCUCAGUCGGACGCGGUCACAAGAAGACAUUGCGUUUGUGGAAAACAUCGCCGUUCAGGAUCCUUUGGCCGAUGAAUCCAAAUCCCUUGCCGGUGAUGAUGGAAAUGAUGCAUCGGCGACAGUGUGGCCGCGAUCGGUGAUGUAUUUGGUCUUGUUGAGUGCAUUUCUCACGAGCCUGAGCUUCGGUGUUACGCAAGUACCGUUGUUGUAUGUCUUUCGACUCAUGACCUGCGAUGCUUACUACAAAAGCCAUCCUUCUCGUGGGCCCAGCCCCAUUGCAGAUUCAGCAUUGACCGGGUCUACGGGGUUAGUGUUCUCCUAUAUGUUGGCAGCCACUGAAGUCGGCUCUACGGGCGUGCUAGCCCAGGAUGCCACGGACAAGUGCUCGAUACACGCCAUUGAGAGCUCUACGGCACUGUCGAUAUCUCUGCUCGGUGCCAGCACCACUCUUUUUGGCCUCUUGAACCUUUUCCUGACGGGGGCGCUCAUCAAACGUAUUGGCCUGAAGACGACUCUCAUCAUCCAGGUGUUCUUCCCGGCUCUCCGGUUGCUCGUUCAGAAUGUCGGUGUGGAGGUCUGGGGUAGCGCAGGCAUCAUCAUCAUCCAAUGCUCGCAGAUUGUCAGCAUCAUCGGAGGACCGAGUGGCUACAUAUUGGUGCUGAACACAUUCAUCACCGAGAUCGUCGAACAUGAGGGGCGCACAGCGGCGUUGGGACGCUUGAUGGGGAGCAUGAUGUUCGGGUCUGCGUUGGGCUUCCUGCUGGGCGGUGUGGUGGCCGAGGCCUUUGGGAUCAAGGCGCCAUUCCGCCUGACCUUGACGUUGUUCCUGAUAUCGUGCGCCUAUGUGUUCCUCUUUCUGCCCCAUAUUCCUCCCGCAAAGACGAGGGAAUCUGAAGGAGCUCUGGCUGAGGGCGGGAACGCGAAAACGUCCUUAAGCAGGUUCUUUGGUCCGUUGACCGUGUUUGCGCCACGGAAAUACAUUGGUAGGGACGGAGUGGUUCGCACGGAAUACGGGGCUCUUCUUCUCGCAUGGGGAGUGUUUCUGGGCAUUUUGGCUACAGGCUAUCUGCCCACCUUACUUCAACUGUAUGCCACAGAUGUCUUUGCAUUCGGCACCAAGCAGAACGGCUGGCUGAUCUUCAUGUACUCCAUGCUCAGAGGGCUCUUCUUGACCUUCGCAUUCCCGAAGCUCAUCGCAGUUGGAAGAAGAUGGACUAUGAAAAGGGAGGCAGAUGCUCGUGCCACGAACACAAGGCCAGCAGCCUCGCCUGAGCGGGAGCCACUGCUGGCCCCUGGUUCAGCCCAGGCAGCCGCCGUUGACGACGACGCUGAUGAUGACAAGGCACGCAAGGAGCAAACCUUCACAUUCGACCUCACCUACACCAGAUUUUCCUUGAUUGCCGAUGGCUUACUCACCUUGCUUUGCUCGUUCGUCCGCGAAGGAUGGCAGAUGUAUCUUGUCGCCGCCGUUCUGCCGUUCGCUGCAGGAACCGGUUCUGCCGCCAAGGGCACUGUUCUUCAGAUGGCUGGAAGUUCCGCCAGCAGUAGUGAGAGGACAGACGCUCUGGCCGGUGUUAGCCUUGUCGAGAACAUGGCCCGGCUGUCAACCACUUUUGUGUUUGGUGUUAUCUUUGCUGCUUUCGCCGGUAUUGGCAAGACAGAGCUUGUCUUCACAUGCAAUGCGGCGGUCGCCUUGAUAGGGUUCGUUGUGUUGCUAUUUGCUCGAUUUCCGCCGGAAGGCAGCCGUCGGCUCGACCAGCCCGGUGACUCUACUUCCGAGGGUUGA